CUCAACAUAGGUAAAAAUCUGAUUAUUUUUUUUAAAAAAUUACUUAUUUCAAUACUUAUAUUGAGCAUUCUUCCUUAUGGACCAACAGUCCAAUAUUUUAGGUUUAGGAAUCUGAUUUGGAAUAGCAAAUAAAAUAAUAAAAUUCGAUCAUCAUUCCAAUUUACAAAUCGUUUUUCCCAAAAAAUCACAAAAAAUCAAAAUUAAAAAACAAACAAAACAAACAUACAAAAUUUUCGUUCUCCCAAAAUAAAAAUUAUGAAAAUUUCGGCCAACGAUUGUCACCCGACGUCCAUCAUUAAUUCGAUUAUCGACGACAUGACGGAUUCCAAGAAAACGGGAGCUCUGAACGAGGAACCCCCCACUACAGUUUCUAAAGGAGAAGAAAUUCAGAGCGAAAAGUUUGCUAACAAUCACGUUUACAAGAAGCCAAAGCUUUCCCGAUUCAAAUACUUGGUAGCCCUGAAUUGCCACGUGUUUGGGAAGAAGGACGACGAAUUAGGCAACGAUCAGAGCAAUAUAUCCUACUUAGAAUGCUGUAUCCUGGAAGCCUCUACCGAAAAGAUGAUCGAUUAUUCCAAAUUCUAUUGUGAUCUCAAUCCCUUUGAUUCCAAAUCGGAUAACCAGGAUCUUACAAAGGAUACUAUUCAACCAGAUGUUUGCGAAAAUACCAAUAACGAAAACCCUUCGAUUGCUACUGCCUUUUUAAAGAUGAUCAAAGAGAUGGAUGAUCAUUUAAAAGCCAAACUCGGUCAAAUGACUAUCGAACAUGACAUAUCAUCGGGAGAUGCCAACAUUCGUGAUUUAGGUAAUUCCAGUUCCUUAGAUCCUUUGGUAAAGAUCGAUGUUCUCAAAGGCCACAAUGAGGGCGAGAUGAACGAUCCCUCUCAAGUAAAUUUCGACAGGGAGAUCUUUUGCUUUGUCACCGAAGGACCCUGUACCCUUAGGCAAUGUAUUCACCAAGAGUUUGGUAGAAUUUUGUUAGCUCGGAACGAUUCCAAUCCUAACCAGAAUAGCAAGGAACCGGUAAAAGGAACUGAAUCAAUCGAAACUACCUUUGAUGAGGUUGAGCAUAAAGAGCAAUUAUUAUUAACCAGUUUGCCGCCAUAUUUUUACCGUUACUUAGACGUGCUAAAGAUUGAGAAGACGCGAACGUGGCAAAAUUAUCCCGAAGAGGAGCGUAGCAAUGAGGGAGCUAUUAAUAAAGAGUUGGAUUCCGAUGUUGUAAGUCAACCUAUGAAAAGGCUCGUAGGAAAAAUAAUUUCAUUACUGGAUAAAGGUUACAAUUUCGAUAAUCCGGAAGUGAUCAGCGCUUUCUACGAACCGGGACUGAGCUUAAUCGAAGAUAUUUACCUUUCGAGAGAUACCGUUAUCAGAGCCAGGGGCCUGCCCUGGCAUUCGAUGGAUCAAGAUAUAGCGAAUUUUUUCAAGGGACUCAACAUUUCAAAGGCUGGUAUAGCGUUGUGUCUGAGUCCCAUGGGCAGGAGAAAUGGGGAAGCAUUUAUAAAGUUCCAGGAUCCAGAAAAUCGGGAUCUAGCUCUGAAGAGGCACAAGCAUCACAUGGGCUCCAGAUAUAUUGAAGUUUACAAGGCCAACAUAGACGACUUUCUCAGAGUUUCGGCGGGUGCGAACAACGAAGUGAAAACCUUUUUGUCUACUGGAGCUGAAAUUAUCAUCAGGAUGAGAGGAUUACCCUAUGAUGCUAAUAAUCAAACUAUAAUAAAUUUCUUCGAAGACGAAUCGACUAUUCCGCCAAAUGAUGCUAUCAUUAACGAGGGAGCCGAUGAACACCCAAAAAAUGACCACGAUUCGAGAGAUAUUGUUAUAAACGAGCCAAUAUCGAUGCAUACCAGCAGCGAGGAAGAGAAAUCGUUAGUACCUUCGGGUAUUUAUUUCGUUAAAAAGUUUGACGGAAGAGCCACGGGAGACGCCUUCGUGUUGUUCAACACGGAGAUACAGGGAAAAUUGGCCAUGAAUAAGCAUAGAAAAUGUAUCGGUAAUCGUUACAUAGAGUUGUUUCGUAGCACCGUCUCCGAAGUUCAACAAGUUUCCAGCAGACAAUUUGAACAACGGCUCAGCCAACAAAUACAAUCCCCUCGCAAUGUUAACAGCGGACCCGUCACAAUCAACAAUUACCAGAAUAAUAGUAAGAAUAUUGCUUAUCCGCAUAUGAUUCACGCCGCAAAUAACUCGCUCAAGCAUUAUGCAAUAAACGGAUAUAACACUGGUCCAAACCCGAUAAACCUCAACGAAGGCCGUCAACUCAGUGGAUUAGUGUUUCACAAUCCUCCACCCCACCUAAUGCGGCAGGUAAACCCUUACCCUCUUCCCCUACUCCCAAAUAUUCAUAAUAUUCCUAACCAGCACCUCAUCCAUAAGUACAACUUAGAUAUGAUGCCUAACAAAAUGAUUCCCACGAUGGUUGUCCCGGUAAUAGCUAACGGUUCAGCUAUUCCUAACCGAGUUAUGGAAACUGUGGGAUCAAAUACUACGUUCCCUUUAACUUGCAUUAAUUCGCCCACUUUGCCAUCAUUGGGAACCGACUCUAGAGCACAGCGGCAGUACAUAGGCUUUGGUGAUGGUAGUGAAAUGAAUAAGGAUACUACUCAAUCGAUGAAUAUUUUACCUGAUCUCGCAAAUAAUUCAAAUUUGAUCCCUAACCAUGCUAAUAUCCAGCAGCCAUUUCUCUUGCAGGGACUUAGCAAUUUUGGCAAUAUUCCUUUUGGCUAUAAUAAUGGCGAUCCUAAUAUAUCAAGGCGCCAGGAUAAUGCACGUCCUUCGAAUUUACAGCUGAUGUCCCCAAUGUUCAUACCCGUCGGUUCCUCCGAUAACUUACACAUCCAUCAUCCAGCCGGACUCAACCCCGGAACACCGCUUGCGAACAGUAUGAGCCCGUUGACGCCUAUAGCAACUAGUAUAACACCGCAUCAUGUAUCUCCUAUAUACCAUCUCCCUCUUCUAACUCCUCCUUCUCCUAUGACUUUUCCCAGCUUUAAAUACCCAUCUUCACCUAUCGUUUCAAUACCACUCUCGUCUCCCAUUACUAGGGGAAGCAAAAAGGAUUGCAUUAGGUUGAGGGGGUUGCCUUUCGAGGCUAAGGUCGAACAAAUACUGGAGUUUCUAGGAGAUUUUGCUAAAUUCAUUGUAUUCCAAGGAGUACAUAUGAUAUUCAACCUUCAGGGUCAACCAUCUGGUGAGGCCUUUAUCCAAAUGAAUUCUGAGCACUCGGCUAAAUUAAUAGCCUCUACCUGCCACAACAAGUACAUGCGAUUUGCCAAGAAACAACGUUACAUAGAGGUCUUUCAAUGUUCGGGGGAUGAAAUGAAUGCCAUUCUCUCUGGAUUUUCAAACACCAAAUCUGGAAAUAAUAAUAUAGUUAUAUCCGAAGCCAUUAAACCGAACGAAGAAUACAACAAUUGCAUUACUACGCAAGAAGCCAAUUUAACGUGCAAUUCUUUUUCAAACGAUUGCAACGUAGAUAUGGAUUUGUUGAAUCCCACCGAUUCUAGCAAUAUUCAAACUUCCCUUGUGAGCGGCGAUGAUGCAUCUUCGGGCGGCAAUAUGUUAACUUUCAUUCUUAAUAACGAAUCUUCCCAGGAUUUGAACAGCAACGGUUUUGGGGGCUUAAACGGUGGCACUAUAACUAUCAACGGGGCUGUCUACACGCCCAUUAAUAUACUCAACUAUCCAGGAAAUCCCAUGUUGCUACCCUGUUAUUACCCUUACCCUAGCCCGCCAGAUUCUCCGGAUAGCCAAAAGUUGGAAGAGUCGUUCAUACCUCACGAAAAUAAUAAAGAUGUUCCUAAGAAUAAUAUAUACGAACCUUUCGAGGAUAUCUCGUCGCCAAAAUACUUGAAUGAUAACGUCGACUUUAUGCCCGGCUUUAAAUCUCCCAACUUAGUUUAUCUGACUAACCACGAAACCACGAAUUAUCAAAACUUUAAAGGCAUAGGGUAUAAGGAACCGACCCAGGGUAUUAAUAGAGGAUCUGAAGUCGAAUAUUUCAAACAAUUUCCAAAGCCAGAAGAUUCGCUUCUAAUACCCUUCGAUAUUAAGCCAAGAUACAUACACCCUCAAACAGAACAUAACAAUGCAAAUAAAGUUCCUCCAUUCUUUCAUUUGGACAACGAUAGUAAGUUUAAGGUUCAAAGCAAUGAUCGUUUGAUCUUCAUCAAGAGUGAAAAUGGGGAUUUGCCUAGACAAGAAUUGUUAGUUACUAUGAACUGAUGGUUGAGGCUAAUUCAUCGUCAGUGAUGACUAGCACAAUUUUUUUGAAUAGAUUUUUUUAAAGAAAUAGAUGGCGUUAAAUACUUAUUCUAUCUAUAAAAUAUUCUCUCUCUCUAUCUCUUUUUUUUUUAAAAAAUGCAUAAUUUAUUUUUUUAAAUAUUAAAAAUUUGAUAUUAUUAUGAUGUUUUCUUUUUGAAAUUUUUUAUUUAAAAUAAAUUAUUUUAUUUUCAUAAAUUUAUAUUUUUAAAAUAAAAUGAGUCAUAUAUGUAAUAAUAUUAUAAAAUAUUAGGAGCAAUAGUUUCAUUAUUGAGGUGCUGUUUCUAAAGUGUUCUAUUUAUAAAGAUGGCAAUUUUUUC